CAAAAUCUGAAAACAACCCCUUUGCUUUGCUCCUCCAUAAAAGUUCAUUCAGCUUCACCAUGCCCAAAGAAAAAAGGCUUUCCUCCAAAUACAAAAAGCCCAAAAAUCAAGAUCCUGAAUUCGCCCAAAAGAUUCAAAUAACAGCUUUACCAACUCACAAAAACAUUCUUUCUCUGCUAAACUCCUUCAGCAAUUCAAACCCAGAAGCGAAGAAUUCAAAGAUGGUAUAUUCCUACACACCCGCAUACUACUCCACACUCCACGACUCCAUCACCUCUCUGUGCAAGACCAUCCUCCCUUUCAGCUUCAAGAAGCGGAGAUUGCCGGCAGCCGAUCACAAGCUUUCGAAGCUGCAGUCGGAGAAUCUCAAAUGGCAGCAAGAUUCUUUCCACCAGAUGCUGAACUUGAUUGGUCUUCACAGAGAAGGGAUUCUGGCUGAAACCGAGGUUGCGGCUUUUAGAUCUCAUUUGCUUGAGACCCUUAUAGUUUCGCGGCCCGAACAAGAGCAACCGGUUAUACUGAGAGAUAAAUUACUGUUCUUGCAGGAACUCUUGUAUGCAAAAUGCAUUUCUGCAGACGAAUACCACUCUUCAAAGAGGCCAUUGCUUCAACAAUUGGCAGUUCAAGGAGUUGAAAUUGAGGCAAGAGAUGUAAUUGUUGGAGCGUUGCCGCCGAAAGAUCCGAGAGAGAACGGAGAAGAGGAAUGGUCUGUAAUCGACUUAAAGGAUGAACAAUGCUUGCUGAGCAAAGAGAACUCGAAUUCAAAGAACAAAUCGAAGCAAAGCUCGGCAAUGAAGCAGAUCAAAGGAGCCGCCUCGGUUUUCGGCUUUGCGUCACCAUACAAGCCUGGGAAAAUCAGAGAAGAAAGGAGCAUCUUCGACAUGGAAGAAACGGCUUUCCCUUCCUCUACCUCCUCUAAGCAUGAGUUUGGAAAUUUCGGAGAAAACCCACUUCGGAAUAGCCAUUCGAGGGGUAAAGAAAGUGAAACCCGAUCUAUCCUCAUGCCGGAGAGCUUGCCACAGGAGCCACUGAAGGAUUCUAGUGGGACAAAAAAGGCAAAGGGCAAACCAUUUAGGACUCUGUUUCAGAGAGGACAGAGAGAGGGACGUGGAGAUGGUGGUGGUGGUGGUCAUGGUAAUAAUUGUGAGGAAACAGCUAUGAAAUCUGCAAGAAAGCAAUGGGGUUUUGAUGGAUUCAUGAAAUGGAAUAAAGAAGAUUCAGAGGAUGAGACAGCUCCAUUGCCUCUUAAUGAAAGAUCAGACAGCGAGGCCUACUCUAGGCCCUCCCAUCUUGUGGUCAGCCCCUUAGGCGAAGGUCCUGACACAAAGCGAAUAAAAAGGAAGCUGCACAAGGAUGGUUCUCCAUCUGAUUUCUUCAUUGAUAAGGUUUUAGGGGACAAGAUAAAGAAAGAGCUAUCACGAAUUCAGACAGAGCUCUGCACCACAAAUCCCAAUCUUAAAUUUUCGAAUGAUCAACUUGAAGCAAUUUCGACCAAGCUUCCAGUCGACAGGGCUGAGCUGAAGAAUUUCUUUCCCAAGUCAUGGUGCGAUCGAUACGGUGAUGUUGUUUUGGAUGUGGUGAAAAAAGAAUUCAAGGACCAUGUUGGAGAGAUGGAGAAUUUGAGAAAUGCAGCAAGAGAGAAGCAAAGCAGCAACUCAAUGAGAUGGACAACCUUCAAUGACGACGAUGAGAACUGUCAUCCGAAUCUCUUUGCUACUAAUCAGGACUACUCUUCAUUCCCUAAAAGUAACGCUACCCUGUAUGAUGGGAACAGGCUGAGAUAUGAACAAGACCAGAAUCCUUUCUGGUCACCAGGGCAUGGCUCAUCUAUUUUGGGUUAGAGAAAAAGAACAAGCACAAGACUCUUGUAUUGUUUCUUCUUUUGCUGUCUUGAAGAGUAGUAUUGCUCUUUCAACUUAUUACUGUAAUAACUUUAGCUAUGCAAAAUGUGCCUCCUAUGAAGCAGAACAAUGGAAUAAGAAAAAGCAGAGCUCUGUUCUGCACGCAUUUAAUUCAAACUUCUUUUUUUUUUUUUUUUUCAUCCUAUUUUUUACCUGUAAAUUUAAGUUCCUCUGUAUAAAAAGAGCUCGCUUGGUCUUAGUUUGGCCUUUA